CGUGCGGUUCGGUCGACGGGAUAUUUCGUCUCCUCCUCUCCUCUACCAAGAAAUAGGCGCCAAAGCCACUCGAUUGGCAAACAUCACACGGAACUCAGCGAGCACGGAAGUGUUUGCCAAAUUAAAUAUUGCAAAUACAUAUGUACUUAACCUAAACCUUUUCGGGUGCCUUUUACAAGCGAAAGCAAGCAAUCAGUACCCCCCGAUCGCCGCGAUAAAUCGGAGAAUAUCAAUCCCUCCGAUCGCGUGGAAAGAGAGAGCGAGAACAGGAAGAGCCGGCUGUCGGCUUCAGUCUUCUUCUUCCCCCUCCUCCGCCUCUCGUCCCCUUGCCACCCCUUGUUUUUUGGUGUCGCGUGUGCUGCAGUACUACAAACUACAAAAGUACCACACGCCACAUAACUGUCGCCAGGUGUGCAAUAUAUAUGUAUAGUGUGAGAGUGUCUUGGUCUUGAACGAUUCUUCGACGUUUUUGUUUUGCUGCAUUCAUUCGCAUUCUUCGUCGCCUUGAAGAUUUACGAAAAUUUCCCAGCAGCUGUCACUCCGAAAUUUGCCAAAUGCCCCUCUAUUUGAUCAUUGAAAUCGCGUAGUAAAGUUGGAGGCCAGCAUAACACAGAUCCCUCUCGAAGUAAAAGCCACAAUUGUGAAAAUGUCUGCAAUUAACGGUCGCAAUCAGAAAAUGGAACAACAGCGCCAGCUGAUGGAGGCCUACAUCCGGCAGAAGAGAGCCUCGCCGGGAAUGGUCCAGGCAAGCGAUCUGCAGAUCAACCGGCCCAUGUCCGGCAUGCGCAGCAACAGCCGGGAGCUGCACGCCUACGACGGACCCAUGCAGUUCAUCAGCUCGCCCCAGAAUCCGGACCAGAUACUGACCAACGGCAGCCCCGGGGGCAUCGCUCCGGUUGCCAUGAACACGAGUCGCAACCACUCAAACAACAUGCGCAGUCUGAGCACCAUCAACCAGGAGGCGGAUCUUAUAGAGGAGAUCUCAUCACAUGAACUGGAGGACGAGGAGAGCAGUCCGGUGACGGUGAUCGAGCAGCUGCAGGCUGGCAGCCACAGCGCCAACUCGACGCACUCGCAGAAGCCGCGUGCCCGCCAGCAUUCCUUCAGCGACAACCUGGACGAGGACGACUACACCAAUCGCAAUGUCGCGGGAGCAGCUCCAGUGCGUCCUGCCGGAAUGGCCUCGUCGCCUUACAAAGAUGCGACGCUGGACAGCAACGGGACAGGCAAUGGGGCUGGUGGGGAGUCCGAGGGGGAUGUCAUCGGAAACAUCGACCAGUUCGUAAUGCAGCCAGCGCCACAGGGAGUCCUCUACAAGUGCCGCAUCACCCGGGAUCGCAAGGGCAUGGACCGAGGUCUCUUUCCCAUAUACUACUUGCACCUGGAGCGAGACUACGGCAAGAAGAUAUUCCUGCUGGGAGGCCGCAAACGCAAGAAGAGCAAGACAUCCAACUACAUUGUCAGCUGCGAUCCCACGGAUUUGUCUCGCAAUGCCGAUGGCUUCUGCGGCAAGCUCCGCUCAAAUGUUUUUGGCACGUCCUUUACCGUCUUUGACAAUGGGAACAAGGAGAGCACGGAGAGCCCUAGACUCGACCUGGCCGUAAUUAUUUACGACACAAACAUCCUGGGGUUCAAGGGACCUCGCAACAUGACUGUAAUACUGCCGGGCAUGACUGAGGAUGAUCAGCGUGUCAAGAUCAGUUCAGCGGAUCCCAAGCAGCAGGGCAUUCUGGACCUCUGGAAGAUGAAGAACAUGGACAACAUUGUGGAGCUGCACAAUAAGACGCCGGUGUGGAACGACGAAACGCAGUCGUAUGUGCUCAACUUUCACGGACGCGUCACCCAGGCGUCGGUGAAGAACUUUCAGCUGGUCCACGACUCCGAUCCCGAGUACAUAGUGAUGCAGUUUGGUCGCACCUCGGAGGACGUCUUCACCAUGGACUACCGCUACCCACUGUGUGCGAUGCAGGCUUUUGCAAUAGCCCUCAGCAGUUUCGACGGCAAAAUAGCCUGUGAGUGAGCUAGCUUGGAUCCUUGGGAUUAGCCCGCUGCCUUAUGUACAGCUGUCUGGAGGGUGGAACAAGCCACUCUGGCCAGAACAUUGUCGGAAAUCUAGUCACUCGAAGAACCCCUUAAUCACUUAUGUAUAUGUAAUGUAGUGGCUAUCAUUUUAUGACAUUUACUCAGAAUGUGCUCACCGAUUUUAUAAGAAAUUAAGUAGGACAGGUCCUAUAACUCUGUAAAUCUUAAUGUGCCCAUCUAAAGAUAAGUUCACUUGUAAGCGAAUCGAGCUAAAUGUCAUUUAAACUAAAUAUCAGUUUUAUAAUCCGCAUAUAGCAACAAAUCAAGGACAAAUGUAAACUAUUUGAAAUGAGAGUACUAUUAGUCUUUAAGAGAACAUUACUAACUCGUACUAGGCUCUAAAUAUAAGCAGCUGAUGAUCAAAGAUUUAUUUUUCAUUGUGUGAGCAGUGUAGAUACUUUUCAUGAAAGCAUAUAUUUAUUUAUCAAAUUCAUAAAGAGGCAAAGUAAAGUAAUUAAAAGGAUUAUGCAAAUGAAAUAAG